UACGCAUUAUCCAGCAUACUUAAAAGCGAGAAUUUGCUAUGAAGGCCUUUGUUCAAAGCAUGUGUUGCUACAUCGCAUAUUAGUCUCGCAAUAUGUUCGGAAAAUUUGCAAUCGCGUUAUUCGUUGCCAUUUUAUUCAGAAAUUCUACGGCGCGGAAAAGCGAAGAAAAAUGCAAGGAAUAUGCUGAUUUAGUUUACGAAACCGAGAAUUCGCCGAUUUUACGUAUCAAUGCUGGCUCGAAUAAAGUGUCUCGUUGCGCGAUUAUUGAGACGCCUCUUAUUAUCGGCGGAGUUCCGGCAAAAUCCGCGGAAUUUCCACAUAUGGCGGUGAUCGGUUAUGGCAAGACUGACGCGAUAUCAUGGCAAUGUGGAGGAAGCAUCAUCUCUGAGAAUUUUAUCCUGUCAGCGGCUCACUGUCUGGAAUCCCCGGACAAAGGUCCCGCGACCAAAGUACGUGUCGGCUUGAUUAAUUUAUCAACUCCAGGUGACAGUAUGCAAGAGAGAAACAUCGCGGAGAGAAUUAAGCAUCCGGAUUACAAGCCUUCGGUUAAGUAUCACGAUAUAGCAUUAUUUAAACUCGAUCGACCAUUAGAAUUGAAUCCUCGAGUGCGACCCGCGUGUCUUGAAGUAAACCCGCAGGUACCAGGUAAAAGCGCUAUCGCUUCUGGAUUUGGAAAAACCUCUUACGAAUCUAAUAUCGGUAGCAACGAAUUAAUGAAGGUUCAGCUGAAUUAUGUUUCCGAGGACGAUUGUAAAAAGAGUUACGCCGAGGACUUCGGCACACGGCGAAUGCCUGAUGGUUUAAUACAAAGUUUACUUUGUGCCGGCGUAAUGGAAGGCGGAAAAGACACCUGUCAGGGUGAUAGCGGUGGUCCAUUGCAAAGGGUUCUCGCGAAACCUUACUGUAUGUACAGUAUCGUAGGUGUGACAAGCUUCGGAAAAUUCUGCGCUUUUAAAUUUUCUCCCGCGAUAUAUACCAAAGUUAGUAUUUACAUCGACUGGAUCGAGAGUACUGUUUGGCCAUAAAAAAUUAGAAGAGCAUUAUCAAUGAAUGUCAAUCUUUAAUUUUAAUUUGUAUAACUUCACAGAAUAAUUGUUUAAAGAUAAUUUAUAUAGAUGACGAGAGAAAUAAAAUUAAGAAGGAAUGAUAUCGAGAUAAAAAAAAUAAUCAUAUUUUGUAUAUUAUUUUUAUUGCAAAAAGAUAAUAAUCAUUUUCAUUGAUAUGUACAAUACGGUACCCAAACGUAUGUGUAUAUAUGUACGACCCACAGUAUAAUAAACAUUUUCAAAACUUAUACAUUUUAUACAGGAAACAUAUCUUAAAUAUAUAACAACCAACAAUGAUGAUAAUAAUAUUGUAUGCAAUAAUCAUUAAUAUACGCUGUAAAAGUAAACAUAAUAUUCAAAUCACGUUUGUCAUAUAAAAACGAUGCGAAAAAGUUGCCAUAACAGAUGCUAUAUAUAUAUACAUGUAUAUGUCGAGUAUAUGUGAACGAGAUAUAUUACAAAUUAGGAAUUAAGAACACGCGAAAAGGGAACGAAAGAACUUACAGGAUAAAAAAAUAUACGGAGAUGUGACUUGCUUAGUAGAAGAAAUCUCGGUAAUCGUCGAAUGAUAAGAUAAUGAUAAAACUUUCAUCGAGACGCUAUUAAAAUUCUUACACUUAGAUACGCUUAUUAUAUACAUUAUGUAUGUAGUUUAAGUUAUCAGUCUUACGGCUCUCGAAAGAAAAUGUACACUCGUACCCAUACGUAUACACACGCGAGCGCUCGUAUCGAUUAACGAUAUGGUACUCGAUGAACGGACACAACCUCGAUCCGGAGCAGCAUUAAUGGAUGCACAAACUAGUUUCUUUGCGACAGCAAUUGGACUAACAAUCCUAACAAUCAUUUCAUACACAUAUAAUCGCAAGCUGCUUUUAAGUCUAGAUCGUUAUAGAAAGAAAAAAAAAAAGGAAAGAGAAGUAGAAA